AUGAAUAAUGAUAAAAGUUCAUUAGCCAAGCAUUUAUCGAAUGAUUUGAUUAGCGUAAAAUUCAUUUGGGAUGUUUUACAAGUCACUCAAAGUUGCGUAAAUGUUUCAGGAAUCACCUCGUUCAAUGCUCUUGACCAAACUCUCAACGAAGUCUUGUUUGAGCGUAACCACAUGAAAAAUACAGAAAUAUUAAAAUUCAUGAAAUUUUGA